AUGACUACUCUUCGGGUGUUACUGCACGUAGCAGCACAGCGAGACUACGAGCUGCACUCCCUUGACUUCUCUACUGCGUUUCUCCAGGGCCGACUACACGAGGAGAUCUGGCUGCGCCGCCCUCCUGGCUUCACUGACACCUUCCCACCUGGGACCCAGUGGAGCCUGAGACGGCCAGUCUACGGUCUCCGCCAGUCGCCCCGUGAGUGGCACGACACUCUUCGCUCCACGCUUCGUGACCUUGGGUUUUGUCCUUCCUCUGCCGACCCGUCACUGUUUGUUCGCACUGGUUCCACUCAUUUCUUUAUACUAGUGUGCGUCGACGACUUUGUCUUUGCCACAGCAGACAGGGCAGCUCUGGCUCAGAUCACCAGGGACAGAGCCGCUCGCACCAUCACACUGACUCAGUCACACAUGGUGCAGCAGGUCCUUCGGCGGUUCGACUUCCAGUUCUCCACCACACAGCCCACACCUCUUGCUGUUGACCAUAGAUUCACUGGCCCCUUUCCCGACGAGUCUUUUGAGUCCAGUGGUCCCUACGCAGAGCUGGUGGGCUGCCUCAUGUACCUGAUGACUUGUACUCGGCCGGACCUCGCCUUUCCCCUCAGCAUACUUUCUCGCUUUGUUGCGACUGGGAGACAGCGUCCUGUCCACUGGACAGCUGCUGUGAGGGUGGCGAAAUACCUGGCGACUACAUCAGGCGUGGGGCUUGUGCUUGGAGGGACUCAGCCAGUGGCGUUGACUGGUCACUCCGACUCUUCCUACGCUGACGGCGUGGAGACUCAGCGCUGGACUCAGGGUUACUGCUUCAGUCUGGGUGCUGGUGCUGUGCCGUCGAGGUCUACACGGUCGUCGUCUGUGGCUACUUCCAGUGCAAAGGCAGAGAUCUACGCUGGUGCCAUGGCGGCACAAGAGCUUCGCUGGUUGACCUUCUUGCUCGCCGACCUUGGUGAGCGGCCUCGCUCUGCACCGACCUUGUACGCUGGCAACAAGGCCAUGAUCCUCCUCUGUCGAGAGCCUCGACUGAAGAGCAGAGUGAAGCAUAUUGACGUGAGGUACUUCCUCCUGCGAGAGCUGCAGCGACGCGACCAGGCACGCCUGGACUUUGUGGCCUCAAAGGCCAACACUGCAUACGUUUUCACCAAGGCCCUGACGCUAGGUGACCACACAGGUUCUGUGUGCAGUUGGGGCUUGUUGAGGUAG